AUGGUCAAGAUAUUCGCGACCGGAACUACUGGGUACAUCGGCGGUGAUGCGCUCCAUCGCAUUGCUCAAGCACAUCCCGAGUACCGUUGGACCUGUUUGGUGCGGAGCAAGGAGCGUGGCGCUCACAUCGCGGAUCAGUAUCCCGACAUUGAGCUUGUAUAUGGGACUCUUGACGACGCACAUAUACUCACCGAUCAGACAGCGAAGGCUGACAUCGUGCUGCACUUUGCCGACGCCGACCAUCCAGACGCCGCAAAGGCUAUCCUAGCCGGCCUCGAUGCCGACAAUCGCACCCGCUACCUAAUCCAUACGAGCGGAACUGGAGAACUCCUCUGGCGCGAUCUCGAUGCAAAGCGCUUCGGCCAAGCCGACGACAAGAUCUACGACGACUGGGACGGCAUAGCGGACGUGACAUCCAUUCCUGAGCGAGCUCCCCAUCGUAAUGUCGACAAGCUGAUCCUGGACGCCGGUCUUAAGACCGCUAUUGUGUCGCCUCCCACCAUCUACGGCCUGGGGAGAGGGCCGGGCAACCAGCGAGGCCACCAGAUAUAUGAGUUGUCCCGCUGCACGCUUGAGCAGAAGCACGGCAUUAUGGUCGGGGAGGGCCAAACAUACUGGCCGAACGUACACGUGUACGAUCUCAGCGACCUGUACCUGCGCCUGGUUGAAGAAGCGGCGAGGGACGUAGGCAGUGCUACGUGGGGCGCCCAGGGGUAUUACUUCGCUGUCAGCGGUGAGCAUGUCUGGGGAGCUGUUGCUAAAAAUAUUGCGGCCGCGGCGAAGAAGCAAGGCCUGAUUUCUACGGAUGAGGUUGUGAGCGUUAGCCCUGAGGAAGCGAAUGGAUUAACUCGUUGGGGCUCAGCCUUGUGGGGUGCCAAUAGUAGAGCGCAAGCUAUUAGAGCGAGGAAAGUGCUGGGGUGGGAUCCCAAGCAGAUUUCCCUCGAGGAAGAAAUUCCGAAAGCUGUGGCGCAGGAGGCUGAAAGGAUGGGGCUAGCAUGA